AUGGAGCCAACGCUGGCAUCGCUCGAGCUGGUGGUCAGCAACCUCUCGGCUUGGUAUCCUGGCAUAGAUGAGGCGGUUGGACAGCUGUGUGCAGAUCUCGGGGAGAUAUGUGUGCAACUAGAGAAGAUUGCGCUCGACACUAUAGGAGCGGGCAAGGCAGUCAAUCCAUCAGCCGACGGCGGACGCAUCGUUCCUCAACACAGGAAUAUUGAUGAGUGUGAGACUCCUGGUAUUUGUAAAGGGCUUUGUCAUAAUACUAUUGGAAGCCACAAUUGCACCGCAUGUCCUAGAAAAACGGAAUAUGAUUUCCUAGCAAUGAAGUGCACUUCAACAAAGAGGCAGAGUCUUUUACUUGGUAUUGUCAUUGGGCUAAGCGUUGGUUUUGGCAUUCUACUUCUCAUCAUACUUGCAAUAUUUAUUAUCCGAAGGUGGAAAUUAGAUAUCGAACAGCAAUUGCGAAGAAAGUAUUUCAAAAAGAACCAGGGUCUUCUUCUAGAACAAUUGAUUUCUUCCGAUGAAAAUGCGAGUGACAAAACAAAGAUUUUCUCCUUGUCAGAGCUACAAAAGGCAACAAAUAACUUUGACCACACACGUAUCGUUGGUCGUGGAGGGCAUGGCAUGGUAUACAAAGGCAUCCUAUCGGACCAACGAGUAGUGGCCAUUAAAAAGUCUAAAGUCACUGCACAAAUUGAGAUUAGUCAGUUCAUCAACGAGGUUGCUAUCCUCUCACAGAUAAACCACCGAAAUAUUGUGAAGCUCUUUGGAUGUUGCCUUGAGAGUGAGGUUCCACUACUUGUGUAUGACUUCAUACCUAAUGGUUCAUUAUUUGGUGUUCUUCAUAAUCCAAACAACAACUCUUCCUUGUCGUGGGAUGAUUGCUUAAGAAUUGCUAUAGAAGCAGCUGGAGCCCUUUCUUACCUUCAUUCAGCUGCUUCUGUAUCAAUCUUUCAUCGUGAUGUGAAGUCGACAAAUAUACUCCUGGAUGGGAAUUAUACAGCAAAGGUGUCAGACUUUGGUGCUUCGAGGUUGGUUCCUAUUGACCAGACCCAUGUUAUGACGAAUAUACAAGGUACAUUUGGGUACUUAGAUCCAGAAUAUUAUCACACUGGCCUUUUAAAUGAGAAGAGUGAUGUGUACAGUUUUGGUACGGUACUUGUGGAGUUGCUCCUUCGAAAGGAGCCUAUUUUUACCACUGACUCCGGGCUAAAGCAAAACUUAUCCAAUUACUUCCUUUGGGAGAUAAGGGAGAAACCACUUGCUGAAAUUGUAGUUGCUCAAGUUCUCGAGGAAGCAACCGAGGAAGAUAUUAGUGGUGUAGCCGGUGUUGCGGAGAUCUGUUUGCGUCUUCGAGGUGAAGAAAGACCUACUAUGAAAGAAGUCGAGAUGAAAUUGCAGCAUGUGCGAUUGGAGAGGUUGAGAAUGUGCGAGCUUGCUGCAAAAGACCAAGACAUUCAACCUAUGCUGACAGUACAAAGCCAAGUUCGUCAUCAGUCUUUAGCUACUGCAGCUGGGAAGGUGGGAAGCUCAAAUUCAUCUUCCGAGAGAAGCCAAAAUUGUUAUAGCUUGGAGCAAGAAUUUAUGUCAUCAGCGACUCUACCACGCUAG